AUGGUCAACACUUUUGGUGGGAGUGGCCCGGCACAUGCCCAAGCCUCGCUCCCCUCGCUCCCCGCACACUUGCAAUCUGAUACACAUCUCACAGCCCAUCUGGCGAGCCGUUUCCAUGUUGGCUUACCAACGGCUCGUCUGUCGUCCCAGGCGCUGAUUGCCCUGAACACAUACUCGUCAGCCACCAAGGGCCCUGACGGUGGGAAAGAAGGUAGCGCUGCUGGCGAAGCCGAGGAUCUCGCGCGGCGCGCCUUCACUCGCCUGGGUGCGCGUGCAGAGAACCAGGCCGUUGUCUUUUUAGGAGAGAGCGGUUCCGGUAAAACCACCCUUCGUUCACAUUUGCUCUCAUCGUUCUUGUCCUUCUCCUCAACCCCGCUUUCCUCCAAAUUAUCAUAUGCUGCUUUUGUGUUCGACACCCUCACAACCACCAAGUCCGUGACCACACCUACGGCGUCCAAGGCUGGUCUCUUCCUCGAGCUGCAAUAUGACGGCUCAUCCUCCGUGAACCCGACCUUGAUCGGUGGAAAGAUCAUCGACUACCGAUUGGAACGAAGCCGAAUUUCUUCUGUGCCUACCGGAGAGCGAAGUUUCCAUGUCCUAUACUACUUGCUAGCUGGAACCAGCGGGGCCGAGAAGUCGCAUCUGGGCUUCGGGGAUAGUAUUCACGUUCAGACUAGCAACAAGCUCUCCGGAGGAACUGUCAGUCACAAACGCUGGCGCUACCUUGGCCAUCCCACACAAUUGAAGGUUGGAAUCAAUGAUACCGAAGGGUUCCAACAUUUCAAGACUGCUCUGCGAAAGUUGGAGUUCUCUCGCGGAGAGAUCGCUGAAAUAUGUCAAAUCUUGGCCAGUAUUCUUCACAUUGGACAGUUAGAGUUCGCGAUGGGUCAAUCCACCACGACCGGCGCGGAGGAGAGUGGUGGAUACUCACACGAGGGUGGCGAGACUGUCACAGGUGUGAAGAACAAGGAUGUCCUCGAGAACAUUGCUGCUUUCUUGGGUCUUAGCGUCGAUGCUUUGGAAGUCAGCCUGGGCUACCGCACCAAGACCAUUCACCGCGAGCGAGUCACGGUCAUGCUCGAUCCUCAGGGCGCCCGCGAGAAUGCCGAUGCAUUCGCCCGUACCAUCUAUUCCCUUUUGGUUACAUAUGUGAUUGAAACAGUGAACCAGCGUAUCUGCGCUGCUGAGGACAGUGUCGCCAACACCAUCUCUAUUGUUGACUUCCCUGGCUUCGCUCAAGCUCCAUCCACUGGAUCUACUUUGGAUCAGCUGCUGAGCAAUGCUGCGACCGAAUCGCUUUACAACUACUGCCUGCAGUCUUUCUUCGAUCACAAGGCUGAUAUUUUGGAUCGCGAGGAAAUCACAGUAGCUGCCACCAGCUACUUCGAUAAUACCGACACUGUGCGUGGCUUGCUGAAGCAUGGUAAUGGUUUGUUGAGCAUCCUUGAUGACCAGACCAAGCGUGGAAGAUCCGAUGCCCAGUUCCUGGAGAGCGUGCGCAGACGUUUCGAAAACAAGAACCCUGCCAUCUCUGUUGGCGAAACUACCGGAUCAACUAGCUACAUGUCACAAACUCGAAGUGCUUUCACUGUAAAACACUUUGCCGGUGAGGUGGACUACUCUACCACCGGGCUGAUCGAGGAGAACGGCGAAGUCGUUUCAGGAGACCUGAUGAACCUCAUGCGUUCCACUCGCAGUGACUUUGUCCGUGAAUUGUUCCACCAGGAGGCCCUUCAGACCAUCUCCCACCCCCAGGAGAAGACUGCCAUCAUGCAGGCCCAGGUUAGCUCCAAGCCAGUCCGCAUGCCAAGUAUGGCUAAGCGUAGGGCUGGACCUCCUUCUCGUUUUGCCGCUCCUAGCGCUCACCCCGAGGAAGAAGAAGGGGACGAGAACGAAGGCCAGGUUGAGGGCACUAAGAAGGCCAGCGCUCGGAAAAGUGGAAUGCCUACAGGUCCGGCUCAGGGUGCCGCAGGGCAAUUCCUUUCUGGCUUGGAAAUCAUCAACAAAUGCCUCAGCUCGUCGAACCUGAACCCGUAUUUUGUGAUUUGUCUCAAGCCAAACGACCGUCGCAUCGCCAAUCAAUUCGACAGCAAAUGUGUGCGCAUGCAAGUCCAAACGUUCGGUAUCGCAGAAAUAAGCUCCCGGCUUCGCAACGCCGAUUACAGUGUCUUCCUUCCCUUUGGAGAGUUCCUGGGACUAGCUGACAUUGGAAAUGUUGUUGUCGGAAGCGAUAAGGAGAAGUCCGAAGUCGUUCUCGAUGAAAAGCGAUGGCCUGGAAACGAGGCCCGCGUCGGCAGUACUGGUGUUUUCCUCAGUGAGCAAUGCUGGGCUGACAUUGCCAAAGUUGGCGACCGCGUGGUCCCUGUGUACGGAGGCUCUGGGGGCGACGGUGGUGAUGGUUUCCAAAGCCCCGGUGGAGAGCCUGACGCUAAGCACCGUCUACUCGGCCCCAACGACCAAUCCCCGGGCGCCUUCAUCUACGGAGACGAAGCCAAGCAAGGAUACUUCGGUAGUCGCGAAAUGGAUGGACGCUCUGAUGCCGGGGGCUCGGCCUUCAACUCAGGUGAUAUGUUCAAAAACAUGGAGACCAAAGAGCAAAUGCUCGAGAAGGGCAACGAGAAGCAAAUGGAAGAGGUCGACGAAGCUAAGGUUUCUGGCAGCCGUAAACGCUGGAUGUUCCUCGUCUAUCUGCUCACCUUCUUCAUCCCUGACUUCGUCAUUCGUUUCGUUGGCCGCAUGAAGCGCAAGGAUGUUCGUGUUGCCUGGCGUGAGAAGCUCGCCAUCAACAUGAUCAUUUGGUUUGCAUGUGGUGUUGCUGUUUUCAUGAUUGUCGGCUUCCCUGGAGUGGUUUGUCCCACACAGGAUGUGUACAACACCGCUGAACUUAGCGGCAAGAAUGGAAAAGGCGACGCGGAUUCGUAUGUUGCUAUUCGUGGUGUGGUAUUCAAUCUUGGAAACUUCAUGCCUUCUCACUACCCGUCCAUUGUCCCGCAGAAGUCAUUGAAGAACUAUGCCGGAACUGACGCUACCAACCUGUUCCCCGUCCAAGUAUCUGCUUUGUGCCAAGGUACCACUGGUUCCGUUGACCCUAGUGUCCCGCUGGAUUACCGAUCCAACUUGAAUGACUCCGCGACCACCACCUCUUCCACUAGUUUCGAUAUCAACGCCAAGUAUCAUGAUUUCCGCUCUUGGACCAACGAUUCUCGAGCCGAUUGGUUCUACGAGCAAAUGCUCAUGAUGCGAUCAAACUACAAGAAAGGCUAUAUUGGUUAUACCAUGAAGGCGAUGAAGAAGCUUGCAACGGAUGAUUCGAAGAAGGUCGUCAGUAUCAAUGGCAAAAUUUACGAUAUGACUUAUUACAUCGCCGGACCCCGAGUCCCUCGCUGGCCGGCUGGAAAGAACGGCACCAGUAACGUCAACACUGACUACAUGGAUUCCAAGGUUGUUGAUAUCUUCCAAGCAAAGUCCGGAUAUGAUGUGACCAAGUAUUGGGAUGACUUGAGCUUGACUUCUGCAGAGAGAUCUCGUAUGCAGCUUUGUCUCGACAACUUGUUCUUUAUCGGCAAGGUUGAUACUCGAGACUCGGUGCGUUGUCAAUUCGCACGAUACUUCAUUCUUGCGAUUUCCAUCAUGCUCUGUGCUAUCAUCACCUUCAAGUUCUUGGCUGCCCUGCAGUUUGGAAAGAAGAGUCUCCCCGAAAAUCUUGACAAGUUCAUCAUUUGUCAGGUUCCGGUGUAUACCGAAGAUGAGGAGUCUUUGCGUCGUGCUAUGGACUCUAUGGCUCGUAUGCGCUACGAUGACAAGCGCAAGCUGCUGCUCGUUAUCUGUGACGGUAUGAUUAUCGGUCAAGGUAACGACCGCCCUACUCCUCGCAUCGUCCUCGAUAUCUUGGGUGUUCCAGAAUCCGUCGAUCCCGAGCCCCUGAGCUUCGAGAGUCUUGGUGAGGGUAUGAAGCAGCACAACAUGGCUAAACUCUACUCCGGUCUGUACGAGGUCCAGGGUCACAUUGUACCUUUCUUGGUCGUUGUGAAGGUUGGAAAGCCUUCCGAGGUCUCUCGCCCAGGUAACCGUGGUAAGCGUGAUUCUCAGAUGGUUCUCAUGCGCUUCCUCAAUCGCGUCCACUACAACCUACCCAUGAGUCCAAUGGAGCUUGAAAUGCACCAUCAUAUCAGGAAUAUCAUUGGUGUCAAUCCGCAAUUCUACGAGUACAUCUUGCAGGUCGAUGCCGACACAAUGGUGGCACCUGACUCUGCCACGCGCUUCGUUUCCGCAUUCCUCUCUGACACACGCCUCAUUGGUGCUUGUGGAGAGACGUCUUUGUCCAACGCCAAGACUUCCAUCGUCACCAUGAUCCAGGUUUACGAAUACUACAUCUCCCACAACUUGACGAAAGCCUUCGAGAGUUUGUUCGGGUCUGUGACUUGUUUGCCAGGUUGUUUCACUAUGUACCGCAUCCGCACCGCAGAGAAUGGAACUCCUCUCUUCGUCAGCAAAGCCGUGGUUGAUGCCUACUCCGAAAUUCGUGUCGACACCCUCCACAUGAAGAACCUGCUGCAUCUUGGUGAGGAUCGUUAUUUGACGACCCUGCUUAUCAAAUUCCACCCCAAGUUCAAGACCAAGUACAUCUUCCGAUGCCAUGCAUGGACAGUUGCCCCUGAGAGUUUCGCAGUCUUCCUUUCUCAGCGUCGCCGAUGGAUCAAUUCUACUGUCCAUAAUUUGAUGGAGUUGAUUCCUCUCGAACAGCUGUGUGGUUUCUGUUGUUUCAGUAUGCGAUUCAUUGUUCUCAUUGAUCUUCUCAUGACCGUCAUCCAACCUGUCACCGUCGCCUACAUCGUCUACCUGAUCUAUUGGUGUGUGAGUGAACCAGAUGUGCUUCCGAUCACAUCAUUCAUUCUGCUCGGUGUCAUCUACGGUCUGCAAGCAUUCAUCUUCAUCAUCAGACGCAAAUGGGAAAUGAUUGGAUGGAUGUUGAUUUACCUCUUGGCCAUCCCCGUUUUCUCUCUUGCUCUGCCACUGUACUCUUUCUGGCACAUGGAUGACUUCUCCUGGGGUAACACUCGUGUCAUCACCGGAGAGAAGGGACGCAAGGUUGUCAUUUCCGACGAAGGCAAAUUCGACCCCAACUCUAUCCCCAAGAAGAUAUGGGAAGAUUACCAAGCAGAGCUUUGGGAGUCUCAGACAUCUCGCGACGAUCGCUCCGAGUUCUCUUCGCACUCGUACGGCACCAGAUUGCCUCCUUUCCCCCAGUCCGAGUACGGAUACCACACUGGCUCUCGUCCGGUCUCCCAGAUGGACCUUCCCCUGGGUGGUGGCGGUGGCGGUGCUCGUUAUUCGGUGGCCGCUUCUGAGAUGAUGAGCAACUUCGAUAUGCAGGACCUCAGCCAUCUUCCUCGUGAUGAUGAGAUCCUUCAUGAGAUUCGCACCAUUCUCGCAACCGCAGACCUGAUGAGGGUCUCUAAAAAGACAAUCAAGAAUGACCUUGAACAGCACUUCCAAGUCAACCUGGAUGCUAAGCGGUCUUAUAUCAAUUCUGCCACCGAAGCCAUUCUCUCCGGUGUUUUGUGA